CUUCCGACCAGGCGUUGGUUUGACGGAACACCGUCAUUACUGUGUGAUUGAAUGACCCGUUGACAGUUGUAGUAUACCACGAACUAACAGUGCAUUUAAAUGUUUAGGGUUUAACACAAAGAACGCUUCAUAAACGAAGUGACUUUAGUCAAAAGCUAUUCGCUGUUGAGGUUAGCAUCCCCGACCAAGCUAGCCACUAGUAGGUAAGGUUAGCCCGGUUAGCUAAUGUUAGCUGACCAUUCUGUCAGUGGAGCUGUGAGGACAGCAAUAUUUCACUGAUAACUUAAAGCCAAUUUAUUUGCGAGUCAUUGGCGACGUCAUAUGGUCCCACUCCGCGACCUGUCUCUGUCAAAAUGUCCACGACUUCGUUGGAUAAAGAAUUACAGGAGCGGCUAAGAGAAGCAUCUGCUAUUGGGGAUAUCGACGAAGUGCGAUCGCUUGUUGAGAGCGGCGUAAAUGUCAAUUCACAGAACGAGAUCAACGGUUGGACAUGCCUGCACUGGGCUUGCAAGAGGAACCAUAAGCACAUAGUGUCCUACUUACUCAGUUGUGGAGCAGACAAAGAAAUCCUCACAGCUAAAGAGGAGCUUGCCUCUCAGCUUACAUCUAAACCAGAGAUCAAGCGACUCUUAGGAGUUGAGGUGGAGGAAGUGCCUGAGGUCAAGGAGUCCAACUUGCCAUUUAUCCCGAAUUACCUGUCCAACCCACCCUUCAUGUAUUCCAAGAUGGACAAUAAGUCAGAGACGCUCCAAAACCAGCACCUCACACAGAACGGCUCAAGGGACUUCAGUGAAGACACACAGAGCGAUUCAGCCUCGCUUUCCUCCACUGAAGAGCUCCAGAAACCCCAGAGUGAUGGACCCGCCCCUCCAACGAAUCCAGUCGUCAAUCACAGCCAACCUUCAGCUGCUGAGCUAGUUCCUGUGCCUGAGCAAAAUGGCGUGUCAUCCAGCACAACCUCUUCCCACAGUCACACUGUCGUCGACCGCACAGUGCCUAUGGACCUCUCAGUCGAGCCUCAUCUGGUCAACCACACCGACUACUCUCACGUGGUGGCCCACAAUGGUACUGUGAGUUCACCUCCGUCAGCCUCACCUCACCCAGGCUUGGCUGGCAGUAGCCCGAGCCAGGUUCAAGCUCCAGUGGCAAGCCCCAACCCCACCAUGAGCAGACAGCAGUCUAUUCCACAACAGCUGAGCUACAACCAGGCCAUCGGUUCCAUGCCGGCGUUUCAGCCUUUCUUUUUCACCAGCACCUUUCCCGUCAAUGUACAAGAGCUGGUUCUGAAAGUUCGUAUCCAAAACCCAAAUGCCCGGGAGAACGACUUCAUCGAAGUAGAACUGGAUCGUCAGGAGCUCACCUACCGCUCCCUUCUGAGAGUCUGCUGCCGUGAGCUGGAUAUCAGUGCUGAGCAUGUGGAGAAGAUUCGCAAGCUGCCAAACACGUUGUUACGAAAGGACAAGGACGUGGCUCGGCUGCAGGACUUUCAGGAGCUGGAGGUUGUACUGGAGAAAACAGAAGGCCUGUCCCUUUUCUCUGGAACCGGGAGCCUAACAGACAGACCCUGCCACAACAUGAAGGCUUCUCGCCUCACUUACUGAAAUCCACCAUGACCCUGACGGCUCUCAGUGAUAGGCUUCUGUAGCUUCCCUCAAGCAACCUCAGAUAGUGACCCUGACCAGCACCUUUGUUCCAGCUUUGUUCCAGCUUUGAUGUUUUACCAAUAUUCCUGCUGGGAUUUGUUUGUUCUACUGUAGCUAUUGUCCUCCUUCUGUCCUUUUCUGGGCCUUCUGCUGCUUUAGUGUACCCAAAUCAAUUCGAAGCAAAACCUGGUGCAUGGUAUCUUCGGAAUAUAUGUGCAAAGUGUUGCACCCCCUU